AUGGUUAGUUUAAACGAUAAGACUAAGGAAAGAAGAAGAUACCCAAAUAAAUACAGAUAUCUACUGGUAGGAUCAGUCAUAGCUGGACUGUUGGCACUGUGCUUUAAUGCUAUAUUCACACAUCCAUUCAUCAAAACAUACAAUAAAUAUAUAAGAUAUAGAUACCUUCCGGAAAAGGUGGUAAGACAUUUUAUUGAGCAUCCUAUUUCAGACGUUUCCAUAAAUGUGCCAUCAUAUUACUCGUGCCCAGAUUUUCGAUUCCCGGAUCUACCAGAGGCAGUGAAUAUCCAAUUUGGAGGUAGACUUAAGGAAAAAGAACAUAUUGCCCUUAAUUACAAUGUAAAUUGGACAUAUGGUGAUUAUGAUAUUUUUAAAGAAGAUGGAUAUCCUCCUUUUGCACUAUUCGUCAGAUUGCUUCUUAGUGACCAGAAUGCUAUAUACGUUGAUGGUAUAAAAAGUUAUGCUGAACUCUACUAUAUUUUGAGUGCAGUCGAAACGAAUGAUCUACCAUUUUUUGUGACGCAACUUUUGACUGAUUAUUGCUUUAAAGGUGAGCUAGAACACUACCGGGAAGAUAGUUUGAUUAAAGUGUACUACCACCAAAACAACCACUUCAAUUUUGUUCAUCAGGAUUUUAUUUUUAACGACAGAAUUAGACAGUUGUUGACAGAACCUGCACAAAACAUAACAAUGGAGUUUAUCCUGGUUGGAUCAAAUCAGUAUACAUGGGACUUUGACGAGGCCUUACACAAAAUUUCACCAUAUUUAGAGCGGCUGAAUGAUUUAUUUAAUUUUAACAUCAGCGUGAUUCACGAACCGAUUGAAAAUUUAAAUGAAACAGAAAGUUACAUUGAUAACAGAUUUCCUAUUGAGCUAACUGACUUGCCAGGAUUGGCAAAAAUAUACAGAAGAACCAUGGAUGAUGGACCAAACACUAUUCAUCUCGUGAUGUAUCCAUUCAAUUUAGCAAAUGAUAAAAUAAUGACGAAGGUGGUUGAUUCAAAGGAAAUUUAUUCCAGCUCAGAAAAUACAUUUUUAGAAAUUUCUCAUUGGGGUUCUUUGUAUUUUUCACACUCACCUACACAACAUCCGACAUACUUUUCGAAACAGGACUUGGACGAUUGUAUGUGGUCCUAUCUUGAAAGUAUUAUGGAUUACCUGGGAUUUCCAAAUGAAAACAUGUCACCGGCAUUGAGAUUGGACAUGUGGGAGAGAAUUUUGGUGGUAAAUUAUCUUACGUAUUUCUCUGAUCUUUUAUUUAUCGUGGAGAACAAUUUAAGGCGCAAUUCUUCGAAGCACCUCAUCAAAGGUGAAAUAGUUGACUCAAUUGUGAAAGCUUUGGAAAAGAGACAAAAUGUGGUAGAUUAUCUUGGAGAGGGGAAACCAAAUCUUGCAUUGAAGGUUUCACAGAACAUGAUAGAAACAAUUUUAACAGAACUGUCAGGUCUGAAUAUUAAAGAGCAAUUUCAAAAGGUGUUCGCUGAGUAUACCUCACAAAUUACAAAGGAGUUCAAUGAUUCAUGA